AUGUCCGUCACCACAAAGGCCACUAUCGCCUCAUUCGGCGGCAAGCUCCUCAAACUGAGCCACAAUGCCACCACUACGAACUGCGAAAUGUCCUUCAACCUUUACCUGCCCCCACAGGCCCAGACCCAGAAGGUCCCCGUGCUGAUUUACCUGUCCGGCCUGACCUGUACCGCCGAUAAUUGCUCUGAGAAGGGCUUCUUCCAGCACGGUGCCGCCAAGAAGGGCAUUGCUGUGCUUUAUCCGGACACUAGCCCUCGCGGUCUUAACAUCGAAGGCGAGAACGAUGCUUAUGACUUCGGCUCCGGCGCCGGCUUCUACGUCGACGCUACAAAGGCCCCUUACAAUGCCGGCUACAAUAUGUACAGCUAUGUCACUGAGGAACUGCCUAAGACUGUCUUCGCUGAGUUCCCCCAGCUCGACGCUGGCCGCGUCAGUAUUACUGGCCACAGCAUGGGUGGUCACGGUGCUCUCACCCUGUUCCUCCGCAACCCAGGCAAAUACAAGUCCGUCUCCGCCUUUGCCCCCAUCACAAACCCCAUCAACUGCCCCUGGGGCCAGAAGGCCUUUAAGGGCUACUUCGGCGACGACCAGCAGGAUAAGUGGAAGGAGCACGAUGCUACCGAGCUCCUGAAGAAGUGGUCUGGGGGUCCUCUUGAUAUUCUCAUUGACGUGGGAACUGGCGAUAACUUCUACAAGCAAGGCCAACUUCUGCCCGAGAACUUCGAGGCCGCAGCCAAGGAGGCCGGACAGAAGGGUCUGAACGUCCGAUACCAGCCGGAUUACGACCACUCUUAUUACACCAUGGCUUCGUUCGCCGAUGACCAUGUCGAGCAUGCGGCGAAGUACCUCUUUGCAUAG